GCAAACUACCACCACCACCACCACCAGUAACCGAGGAAGAGAAAAUUGAAGCAGUUCAAAUCACUUCUGAGGAGUGUCCUCUCCCUGAUAUUAUUGAAGAAGAUGAACGUCCACUCCCUGAUGUCAUUGAGGAAGAAAUACAAACUACUUAUCGUAAGGCUGAGAAUUUGCCGCCUCCUAGUUUUAUGGAAGAUUUACCACCUCCAGUUGGAGUGGUGGAAGAAGUCAGUGAUAUUGAUGUUGAUGAAGAUUUACCACCUCCAGUUGGAGUGGUUGAAGAAGUGGUCAGUGAUAUUGAUCCCGAUGCUGAAGAAGUGAUCAGCGAUGCUGAUAUCGAUGAUAUCUUUUUUUUCUUAUCAGAAGACAAAUUUUCGGCACCAAUUAUUGUUGGAAUGACUGCAGACGGUUUACCCAAAAUAGACAAUCGACCUAAGGAUGAGAUUCUCCGGGAAAAGAUGUUGCACAUAUUGGAAUCUGCUUAUCCCAACAUUUUGGCAGUUGAAGAUAUCUGCCGAAUUACUGCUGCUGAUGAAGUAAUGGUCCGUGAACAACUGAAAGAACUCCAUACACGCAAUUUGGUCACAGAAAUGGAGCAGGGUGGAUUCAUGAGACAUGUAUUAGACGAGAAAUCAGAGGUACAACUUGUAAAACAGAUGCCAACGAUUGCUGCCAACCAACAGCCAACCAUUGCUAUCAUCACUGCAAUGUAUUACGAAAAACUUGCUGUUGAUGCUAUGAUGGAAAACAAGACAACAUACAUGAAGUAUAAAACAGAAGGUGAAUCCAAUGUGUACACAAUUGGUUUCAUUGGAGAACACAAAGUUGUUUCAACUAAACUCCCCGCUAUUGGUCAUGCAAGAUCUGCUCAGAUUUCUUCUGGAAACACCACAACAAGAUUACUUGGUACAUUCCAGAACAUAGAGCAUGUGUUUGUCGUCGGUGUUGCAGGUGGUGUUCCUUACUACACAGACUAUUAUAAACACGUUCGUCUAGGGGAUGUGGUGAUAUCUCGAGGAGAAGACAGAGAUGUCAUCUAUUAUUAUUGUGAAAAAAUCAUGAAAAAUAAAAGUGGAGACUUGCAGUAUAUUCACAAGACAUUUGCUCCUAAAGAUAGUAGUUUACAACAAACAGCAAGGAAGAUUGUUGAAACCAGUGCAAGUAAUCCCGAAUCAAAACCAUGGGAACUCUAUCUGGAGGAAGGUCAGAAAUUAUUGCAAGGUCAAGAAGUUCACUUUAUGCGUCCAUCUUCCACUACUGACCGUCUUUAUAUGAAUAUCGGAGAAGAUAACGUCAUUGAAGUUGAACACCCACAACCACCAGAGGAGAUUGCUUCCACUUUCGAUUCAGACAAGCCGAGGGUUCAUUACGGUGUCCUUGGUUCAGGCCGGCCUGUUGUCAAAAGCGAUGCCAUUCGGCUUGAUUUUGCUGGAAAAUAUAAUAUCAAAGCUUUCGAUACUGAAUUUGAUCAAGUUCUUGAGUCAAUAAUUGGCAAUCGGAAAGACAGUUUCAUGUUUAUUCGUGGCAUAUCUGAUUAUACUGAUGGCUCUAAGAACAAAGAAUGGCAACCUUAUGCUGCUCUUACUGCUGCUGCUUUCAUGAAAACAAUUAUAAAGGCCUUAUCCAAUCCUUUAGUAGAUGAAGAUUUCUAAACUUUUUCUUUUUUUUUAGUUCUGUCUGCAUGAUUCCUUUUCAACUGACUCUUUUUAAUCUUCUCCUAAUUUUAAAAUGCUCAUUUUUUAAUGCAUUCCAUCUUUCUAAAGUCUCCUUUGAUAAUUUCCCUGAUCCAUGCAGCACGUUAAGGAAAAACCUGACAAAAUAAAUCAAGUAGCUUUCCUAUAAUUAUGGUCUGCAGUGCUAAAUUUUCUUUAAACAAAGUGUUGAGAAAAAAAUACAAUAAAUAUUUUUGAAGUUA